AUGUACAAUCCUUACAACUAUUCUCCUGCCAAUAAUAACGAGUAUUACAAUCAACAACAGCAACAACAAUCAAACAAUUAUCAAUCAAACCAAUAUCAAAAUCAACAACCACAAUAUUAUGGCAAUGCUAAUAUUCAACAUCAACAACCACAGCAACCAGUGAUCAAUCCUCAACAAUCCAUGUACGAUCCGUAUGGAGGAGGAAAUCAACAACAUCAAACUCACAUGAAUUCAUAUGCUUAUCCUUCUUCUAAUCAAGUUGCUGGAUCAUAUUAUCCAAAUCAACAACAGCAACAACCAGUCAUGACACAAGGAAUAUAUCAAAACAAUGCUAAUCAAUACUCUCCUUCUUAUGGACAACCAUACGGAAAUGUGCCACAACAACCAUAUCAACAUAGUCAACCAUCCUAUCCUCCACAACCUCAACAACCAUAUCAAAAUAGUCAACCAACACAAAGUUAUGGAGUACCAAGUCAAUCUCAACCACAGGUCCAACAACCAUACGCCAGCCAUGUUCAACCUCCUGUCUGUAAUCAACAACAAUCUUAUGGAUGUUUUCCACAAGCUUCACAAGUCAUUGAUCAAUCACAAUAUUUAUAUCUCCAAAAUUAUGAACAAUUCUAUGCUCAACAAAAGACACAACAACCUUUACUUGAACCAUUUGUUGAUCCUGAUUUCCCACCAAAUGAAACCUCUCUUGGAUUCAGUAAAAAGAAAAUUAAGGAAAAUAAUUAUGGAGGGUUCAAGAGAGCUUCAGAGCUAUGUGAAAUUCCACAACUUAUUAUUGAUGGCAUCGAUGCCAGAGAUAUAAGACAAGGAAGUCUUGGAGAUUGUUGGUUAUUGAGUUCAUUGGCAGCCAUUGCAAGAUUUCCACAUUUAAUAGCCCAUCUAUUUGUCAAGGCCAAUGUUGCAAUGGGACAAUAUACAUUGAGAUUCUUUUGGAGAAAUGAAUGGAAAUAUGUUACUGUUGACGAUUUUGUACCAAUCACAACAGAUGGUGAUAUUAUGGUUGUUCAUUCUAAAGACAAAAAUGAAUUGUGGCCUACGAUUGUUGAAAAGGCAAUCGCCAAAUUAUUUGGAAAUUAUGCCAAGGUAGAGGGUGGAGAUGGUACUUUGGGUAUUUAUCUUUUUACUGGCUGCCUCCCACAAUUUGAAGAUUUGAGAAAUCAUGUUUCUUGCAUUGAAGAGCAUGAGGAGGAAGGAGAAGAAUAUGAAGAAGAAGGCUACGAGGAUGACGAACAAGACGAAGAAGAUCAAGAAGAAGAGGUAGUUGAAGAGGGUAUUGUUGGUGGAGGUUUGUCUUUUGAUGAGAUUUGGUGUUGUAUUGUAAACGGAUUCAAUAAUGGGAAUGCUAUUGGUUUUGGGUCUGAUGAUAACUCUGGUUUAGGAGAUGAGUUUACUAACGAGGAUGGCAUUGUUGGAGGUCACUAUUAUGCACUUUUGGAUUGCUUAGAGUACAAGGGUAAUAGAUUAGUUAGAUUGAGAAAUCCAUGUAAGUAUAGUUUUUUGAUUUUCAAUUAUUUAUCCAAAUUUAUAGGGGGAAAUACUGAAUGGACAGGAGCUUGGUCUGACGUAUCCAAGGAAAUGAUAGCCCAAACCAAAAGAGACCUCAAUGAAAGAGUUACUGAACAAGCAAAUCUGAUUCAACAAUUAUGUAGAAAUACAGGACUUUUGCCUGUCAAUGAUACAGCCAGUGAUAGGAAAUCAAGAAAACAAAAAGAAAAAGAGGAGCAAGAUGAUGGUGUUUUCUGGAUGGAACUAGGUGAUGUUAUCAAUCACUUUGGUACUAUGGCUAUUGGACAUAUUGUAAAUAUUGAUCAUUUAUUUAAGGAAGAUAAUGCAUUCGGAUUUAGAUUCGAUCAAACCAUUUUGAGAUCCAUUCACAAAUCUUCAUCGUUCCCAAUCUUUAAACAAAUUCUCAAACACGAUGAUAAAGAUUUCGUCAAUGAGGAUGACUCAGGAUGUAAAACUCUCACUCAACAAUUCAAUCUCACUGUUGAUAGAAAAUGUGAAACCCUCAUAGCAUUAAGAAUGAUUCACAAUGAUAUGCUCAAGUACAAUUCAUAUUUAGAAUUGGUUUGUGAUGAACUGGAUAUCAAGAGUAGUGGACUUUAUGUAUUUACUGGCACAAGAAGAAAAAUUCCAAAAGGUCUGCAUACAUUCCAAGUGCACUCAGAGUCUAGAAAUGGUAAAUUUUCAGACAUUGAAGUUAGUUUAUUGUGGGAAAACCGCCAAGCUCACAUCAGCUUGAAUGAAGAAGAGGUUGAGUUUGAGUAAAUGAUAUAAAUUAAAUAAAUUUCAUUU